AUGGCCAAGACUGCAGCAGAAAGGCAGCGGAAGCGAAGAGAAAAACUGAAAAUGGAAAAUAAUCGAGUCGACUAUGAAGAGCAUAAACGUCGAGAUAGAGAGAGAAAGAAACUUGCUAAAUUAUUAAUGUUGCCAAAGGAGAAGGAAAAUUUACAAACACGAACGAGAGAAGCUGUUAGACAACAUAGGAUGAAUAACUCUCAAAUUAGAGUCGUUGAUGGGACAGUUGUUGGUGGAACGCCCUAUAAGUCCAUGUCCUCUUUGCGUAAAGCUAAGUCCCGCGUGAUGAAAGCACUACCAAAGAGUCCACGCAAACGAGCAUCUCUGGUGAAGUUAAUGGCCUGUGACAUUUUAGGAACAUAUAUAGCAGCACCGAAGAUCAGGACCAAUCAGGAAAUAGAAGAAGCCGUUAUUUCAUUUUACGAAAAUGAAAAUAUAUCUAGAAUGAUGCCUGGAAAAGCCGAUUUCAUAACACUGAAAGAUCAGUUGGGGAACAAAUAUACAAAGCAAAAACGACAUCAGGUCGCAACAAUUACAGAGACAUAUAAAUGCUUUAUUGAAGAUAAUCCAUCUGCUGAUAUUAGUAAAUCCAAGUUUACAUCUCUUCGUCCUCGAUGGGUUCUUCUGUCAUCGGAAAUGUCGCAUAAUGUCUGUGGUUGCAAAUAUCACAGUAAUGUGAUACUACUAUUAGAAGCACUGCAUCGGAGAUAUCCUGAUUUGAUUCCAUUAUAUUCUAAAGAAGAUUUUAUUGCUCAUUGCGUCUGCGAUAUUAACGACGAAGAUUGUAUGCGAAAUGGUUGCGAGAGGUGUAGUGACGGUAAGCUCUUCAAAGAAAUAUAUGAAAAUAAAGCUCCAGCAGAUAACGAAUUUUCUUGGUACCAAUGGGAAGAUACAAAUGGAUUCUUACAAAAGGAUGAAAUUCAGUCAGCCCAUUGGAAGCAGCGACAGGUGACGAUCUAUACCAUCAUGAUCACUUACAGAAACAAGAAGUUAUCGUAUGUGAUUAUUAGUGAUUUUCUAAGCCACGAGAAAACGGCUGUAGCAGCAUUCACAUCCACAAUAUUGGAUAUUAUCACCGACAAGUUCCCUACUGUUAGAACUGUAGAUGUUUGGACGGACGGACCGUCAAGCCAGUACAAGAAUAAGUAUAUAUUUGCACUGUUGCCACGUCUUCAGGAUCUUCAUGCUGUUAGAAUAAGAUGGAACUAUUUUGCUACGAGUCACGGCAAGGGACCAAAUGAUGGAAUAGGUGGCAAUGCUAAGCGUAUUGUUCAUCGACUGAUUAUGUCACGUUCUGCUGUCGUACCAGAUUCUCAGUCAUUUGCUAAUGCUCUUCGUUCCAGUGGUACCUCAAUCAAUGUAGUAGAACUGACCGAAGAUGAUAUCAAAGAAAAAUGCAAAAUGUUGGAUGUUGAGACGUUAUGGUCUGGUUUACAAACAUUUCCUGGAACUAUCUCUACACAUUGUGCUCAGUCAGUUGGGAAUGGAAUGGUUCAGCUGAAGUUUUUCACCACAGAUCCAUCCCCAAGGCAUGUUCCUGCCAAGUACACAAAGGAAGCAGUUGAAGUCAGUAGGAAAUCGGAUGAAAACUGGAAUUGCACACUUUGUAAUUGGAAAUAUGGUGAUAAAGCGGAUCCUAAAAUUUCUGAAGAAUGGAUUAUGUGCGCCUCCUGUCAAUCCUGGUUUCAUGAAUCAUGUGGGCAGCAGAAUGGUAUAUUGGACGAUUGCGACCAAUUCCUGUGUAAAAAGUGUUUGCAAGAACAAUAG